AUGGUUCCACCUCCAUCCGGUGAUCAAGAUUGGCAAUUUGAUAAAUUUAGCGAUGGAGGUUCAAAAGAUUUAGUACUUAAUGCCCAAUUAAAACGUUACACACGUUUUCUUGCAACACAUAAACAAACAUUAAGACGUAUUGAAGAUGCUCUUGGUUCAAAUAUUACACAAACAUGGGAUUUUGAUUUAAAUCCAGCUGAACUUAAAUACUUACCUUAUGAACAAGUUCAAGUACUUGAUUUAAUUCGUACAGAAAAUAAAAUUUGCAAUAAAAUUAUAACUGUAUUUGCUGCACUCUGUUGUGAAUGUAAAUUUUUAGUACAUGAAUGUGAAAGAAAAUAUUUACCAGCUAUAUUAUUUUUUGGCGAAGGAGAACAAGAUGCUAAAGAACAACAACAAACAUAUAUGGCACAAUUUAUAUCUCUUCUUCAGGAUUUAUCAUGUUUUGUUAAUCGAUGUAAUGAAGUAGUAGUAAAUAUUCUUCAACAACUAUCAGCACUUUAUACUCCAUCGGGUAUUCAAAAUGGACGGUCUAUGCGACUUAUGGAUGUAUCUGAUUUGCAUUUACCAAUUGUUUAUGAUCAUUUGGGUGAUUUACUUCGUUGUUUAAUAACUCUUGAUGAAUGUUUUCGUUCGAAUGUACAAAUAGCUGAAAAAUGGCCAGCAUUUAAAAGAAUAAUAACAUCAAUUAAAAAUAAUGUUGAUAAAGUUCAAAUAGAUCUAUCACGAUUACCUUCAUUUGAAAAAAUUCUUGUUGCACUUGAAGGUCAACUAUUAGAUGGACGUAUUUUUCAAAAUUGUAUUGAACAAAUAUUUGAUACAAUAGUUACUGUUACAAAAAAUCCUUCAUUACAAGAAGAAUUUGCACUUAUGAUUAAACAUCUUUUAACAAAUAUUGAACCAAAACUUGGUGAAUUUAAUGAACUUGAUGGUCGAUUAAAAUAUGUUGGUAUUUGUGCUCUUUUUUGUUUACAUUAUCAACUUUUUCGAGUUGAUGAUAAACGACAAUUAAAAGCUAUUUGGGAUGUUCAUAAAAAAGUACCGAUUGUUUAUCUUUGUGGUAAUGUCAGUUGGACAGCUAAUAAAUUUUUACUUGAAAAAUAUCCUCAAUUUACUCGACUACUUGAUAAAAAAGCUGUACAAGCUGUUGAACAACAACGUAUAACAUAUUUACAAAAUAAAGAAUCUUCAUUAACAAAAGAUUUACAAAAAAGUUAUCUUGAUGUUUUAUCAUGGCUUGUACGUAUGGAAUCAACUGUUACUACAGAUGAUGCCGAUCAAAAUGCAUUGGCUAAUGAUGUUUUAAAAAAAACUUCAUUAUUAAAUCAAGGUUUAUUUCAUGCUUAUACAUUAUCGCAUACAGUAAAAACUUUAAUUAGUCUUCAUUCAACACUUCAAUUACCAAUAAAACCUGAAUGUAUGCUUAUACUCUAUCGUUAUACAGAAUUAUUAAAAGUUAUUGAAAUAACAUAUCAUCGACAUGCUAUGGCUAUUGCACCAUAUUUUAAUUCAAUUAUGCAAUAUCAUUCACAACGUUUAUUAAAAAUAAUUGCAAUAGCAAAAAAACGAAUUACAUCAGCAACAGAUAAAAGAUUUACUGAUAAACAAGUUGAUGUUCUUGCAGCACUUGUUUUAGCUGAAUCUUGUCUAAAUGGACCUUGUACAAAAGAACGUUUAUUAAUCUUUCGAUUAGCAUUUUCAUUUGGUUCACGAUUAAAAACUUGUCGAGAUGAAGAAAUGGCUGCAAUUGAAGAAGCACUUCGAAAACUUGAAAGUUUAGCUGCAUUUUCUGAAAAACUUCAUCAUGCUUGUGAUACAACAUUUAUCUAUUGGGAACAAAAUUCAUUUCGAUUAUAUUUACAAGAUUUAUUUUUAACUGUUCGUGAUCCACAUCGAUUACAUUAUAUAUUUGCUGCUCUUCGUAAUUGUGUGUCAGCAUUACGAGCUAUUCGUCAUGAUAAACCAGAAAGAUUGAUUACAACCUAUAAAAAUGAAAUAAUGAAAAUGUUUGAUCAGUUUUUUCUUCAAGAAUUAUUUAAAGCAAUUGAAGAUGAUCUUCGAUGUUUAUGUCAUGCACAUCUUGAAGUUGGUGAUCGUAGUGUAUUUAAAUCAAAUUUUAAAGAUGUUACACCAUUUCUUGAUGUUAAACCAAUACGAUGUUUUGAUGAAUUUGUUAGUAUUAAAGGAGCUGUCGAAAGUUAUUUGGAUAGAAUUUUUUAUGAUUAUACAACAGCGUCGUCAACAGAUUGGAAUACUUAUUCAGAAAUGCGUAAUUUAGCAUCACAAAAAUAUGGAUUAGAUUUACAUGAACCACAUUUACCAAGUAAAACACUCGAACAGGGUUGUGAUGUUCUUGAUAUUCUUCGUAAUUUAAAUGCAUUUGUUUCUCAACAUUAUUAUAAUAUCAAUACACAAAUGUUUAUUGAACGAUCAAGUAAUAAUAAAUUUUUACGUACAACAAAUAUUCGACAUGUUGCGAAUUCAAUUCGUACACAUGGUAUUGGUAUAAUGAAUACAGCAGUUAAUUUUACAUAUCAAUAUCUUCGACAAAAAUUUUAUAUGUUUUCACAAUUUUUAUUUGAUGAACAUAUAAAAAGUCGUUUAAUGAAAGAUAUUAAAUAUUUUAAAGAAAAUAAAGAUCGACUUAAUCAACGAUAUCCAUUCGAGCGAGCAAAAAAAUUUUUUAUUAGUAUUCGAAAAUUAGGCGUUACACCUGAUACAAAUGAGACUUACCUUGAUCAAUUUCGACAAUUAAUUGGUCAAAUUGGCAAUGCAAUGGGUUAUGUUCGAAUGAUUCGUUCAGGUGGUCUUAAUACAUGUUCGAGUUCUAUAAGAUUUGUACCUGAUUUUGAAAAUAUAAUUUCAUUUGAAGAACAUACACGAAAAGCUAAUUUACCUACUGAAACAAUAAGUGCUUCAAAACAUUUAGAUGAUGUUAUAUCAAAUUUAGUAAAAAAUUUUACUGAAGGUACUGAAUAUUUUAAAAUUUUAGUUGAUGUUUUUUCAAAUGAAUUUCGUGGAAAGAAAAAUUUACAUUUAAAAUAUUUUUAUGUUAUUGUACCACCAUUGACUUUAAGUUUUGUUGAACAUAUUAAAGUAUUAAAAGAUAAUUUAACAAAAAAAUCCAAAGUUAAUGCAUCAUUUACUGAUGAUGGAUUUGUAAUGGGUGUUGCUUAUAUAUUAAAAUUACUUGAUCAAUAUCGUGAUUUUGAUUCUUUACAUUGGUUUGAUGCUGUUAGAGAAUCAUUUAAUACAGAAAAAACUGAUGUGAUUAAUAAAUCAAGAAAUAGUAGUGAAGAAAAUGUUAAAAAAGCUUUAAAUGCUUCAAUGAAACGAAUUGAAAAUGAUCAAUUGGAAUUUGAUUUACUUAAUUAUAGUUUACGUUCAGCUAGAAUAUUUUUUCGUGCUGAUAAAACAGCUGAAGAAGAUAAACAAUCAUCGAUAGUUGAAACUGAAACACGAACACAAACAGAAACAGUACCAACUACAAUUGAUGUACCUUCAAUUACCGGAAAUGCACCACCACCACCGCCACCACCUCCACCACCACCAAUGUCUGAUGGCGUUCCUCCACCACCACCGCCGCCACCUCCUCCAUUUUUUGCUACUAAUUGA